AUGCACGACCCGUUUCCUUUCCCGAGGCCUGAGAGACUGGUCAAAUAUGUAGAGCCCGUCGCUGAAAUGCUCUCGCUGAAGACGCUACCGUUGCACUUCCACGAGGUCAUUGCAGCGUUCACCCUCUACCACUGUACCUACCGCUACUUCGCCCCCGCUAUCUCGCGCCUCCUCGUCCCGAGGAUAUAUGCGCAGUUCAGUGCGCGAACCAAGCUGAACUGGGAUGUACAUAUCGUGUCUUUUGUCCAGAGCACGCUCAUCUGCUCUAUGGCGUUAUGGGUUAUGUGGACGGACAGGGAGCUUAACCAGAUGGACGCAACGGAGCGCGUGCAUGGAUACACGGGGGCGUCUGGCUUAAUUCAAGCUUUCGCGGGAGGCUACUUCCUGUGGGACCUGGCAAUCACAGUACAGAAUGUGAAGGCCUUUGGUAUCGGCAUGCUGUUCCAUGCUAUCUGUGCCCUCUCUGUCUUCUCGCUGGGCUUCCGUCCAUUCGUGAACUACUACGCGUGUACUUUCAUCCUCUACGAGCUCUCCUCGCCCUUCCUGAACAUCCACUGGUUCUGCGAUAAACUCAACAUGACCGGUACUACCAUCCAGCUCGUCAACGGCAUAGUUCUGCUGUGCACCUUCUUCUCCUGCCGCAUCGUGUGGGGAUCGUACCAGUCAAUACGCGUCUUCACUGAUGUCUACCACGCCUACACAGCCGGCGCAGUUGUACGCUCAGACCCAGACGUCGGAAAGCUUUCAGACAACACGACCCUCAGCAACGCAGCCUUCAAGAACGAUGUCCUCCAGUUCGCCGACAACCAAACCGUCCCUCUGUGGAUCAUAAGCGCCUACCUCGCCUCAAACUUCAUCCUCAACGGCUUGAACUGGUUCUGGUUCGGCAAGAUGAUCGAGACCCUACGUAAACGCUUCGACCCUCCCUUUGGCACAAAGAAACCCGAGAUCAAGGAAACCACUCUGGAGAUUCCAGAUGACGAGAAGGUCUUGGUCGAGGGUAUACAUGUCUCCACUCCUGGUGUAAUUGAGAAGGAUGCUAAGGAUUACAUUGACGCAGCCUCUCCGGAGUUGGUGUCGCUGGAGAAGAACAGGACCGGGACGCAUUUGGAGGUUAAGCAGAGUGAGGUGCGAAGCCGGAAUACGGCUCAAAGAGGGGGACUGAGAGCUGCUCAGGCGGCGUGAACGUGCAUGGCAGCAUAGAU